GAAGUGUGAUGGCGGCGGGUUCAGAGCAGAAAGUUUUGAGUUACCAUGACACCCUUCUCAGGAAGAGUGAUUUAUCGCUGCUAGACGGAGCAAAGUGGCUGAACGACAAAUUGAUCGGCUUUGUGUUUGAGUAUUUUGAGUUUGACAAGUUCCAAAGCCUCACAGGCAAGGUGGCUUUUGUCAGUCCAGAGGUGACACAGUGUAUCAAGCUCAGUCGUGAUGAGGAAGUGGCCGUGUUCUUAGAACCGCUAGAUCUGUCCAGCAAAGACUUUGUGUUUUUGGCAGUCAACGACCAUCAUAUGGAAACAACUGCUGGUGGCUCUCAUUGGAGUCUCCUGAUUUACGACAGAGCAGGAAACAAAUUCAGCCAUUACGACUCCUCGGGGUCGAGCAACCAGGGUGCGGCCAUGAUUCUCUGCUGCAAACUUCAUCCCUUUCUGAAAGUUUCAGGAGAGGUCACCCUCAUUGCGGAGGAAUGCCCACAGCAGGAAAACGGUCACGACUGCGGUCUGUACGUGAUUUGCGUGGCCGAACACCUAUGCCGGCAGAUGAUUGACGGCCGUGCAGAGGCGCUCCGACAGAAAGUGACGGGGAAGGUGGUCGGGGACAAACGGAAGGAACUAAAAUCCCUCAUCCUGGGCCUGGCCAGACAGAGCAGCAGAUGAUGGGAGGCUGGAGAAGGGGGGGGGGAAGCCGGAGGAGGUCAUUUGAGGAGUUUCUGAAGAUGGUUGAUGCGAGCUUAGUGCUGUUCCCGUGAUGGGAAUUCUACUUGGCAUACAUUACAUCAAGAAAUGGGUGGAUGUUUGGGUACAAAGGAGGGCCGACUGAUGGAGGAUUGUAAGAAUUCUGGUCUGAGAAAUGGCUUUACUCUGGACUGCUCCAUGUGCUACCCGCAAAGACUUAGAAUUCUAUUUUAUUUGUUCACUUAAUAUUUUGGGGAAUUCUGAGAUGAGAAGAUUUUAAGAGGUAGUCCCUUGUUUGCAUUUUUUGGAAUUUGGAAAUGCAUGUAUAUUAUAAACACGUAAUCAUAUGCAUAAUUAACAUGGAUUUGUUGCUGUUUCAGUUGACAAGAGGUGUCUCUUGAGAAUCGAGAAGUAGAUGGAGUGUCUAGAUCCUGUUGCUGGUAAUUGUGAAGAGCUGCCGAGUUUGCUAGAUGUUACAUAGCGAUAAUCAUUCAACAUGGGUACACCGCUUCAAUGUUAAGUAGACAGACACUCUAACAUCUGUACACGUAAACUGCUGUGAAAAAAAUGUUCUGGAAGGAGUUUCUGUAUUCAGGACCCUACCGGUACAUCUGAAAACGUGAGGUGGGGGGGGAUGUGUGCUGCUUGGUGACAAAACCUUGACGACCAUCUGAAUCUAGAGCAGAGAGUUUCCAGGCAGGUUUUUGAGAGAAACAUCUUGAAGGUCUACAUAACCUCUAUAUCCAGUCUGGAUCUUUUUUUUGGGGGGGGAUGUUUUUGAUCGCCUGCUUUGACCCUGUACUCAUCUUAGUCAUAAAUGUAUGAAAAUGUAGAAAUUUGUUUUGUAAUAGCAUGUCUGUAAAUUCUCUUGUAAAUUAUUAGGCCAAGGGCAGGACAAGUAAAAUAUUGAGCUUCUGAUCUCCUGCUUCCUGUUUCCCAGCCUUUUUUUUACUUUGCAACUCAUUUAAACUUUUAGUUAUUUAUAACAGUAUAUUUCCAACAGAUGAAUAUGUGAAAUCAGUUACAGGUAUAUGUAUAUUUUGCUGAAACUAAAAGCUCCUAAUCCAGUAUUAAGUUUUAGCUUUAAUAUUGUAUUUUUUCGGGAUGGCAAUAUCUGUAAUGUGUGACACCCGUGAUUUUUUUGUCAGUGGAAAGUGACAUUUUUCACCCUUCAUCUUCCAAUCGGAUGAGGAAAAACACAUGCCGACCAAUCACAGUGUGACUUGUCGCUUGCUUGGAAAAAAAAAACCUCCAGCGAUUUAUUAGCCGUCAUUCAAUAAUUCCCGCAGCACCUCAGGCCACUGAAGUGAAAAGUACCCGUAAUUGACUUGUUUGCUGUUAUCUUGUCACGGACAAUGAGGUUUCUGGGCGUUCUUUCGUCAUUCCCGAUCAGAUUGCUGGGUUUGGGGGCGGGGGAUGGGGGUGGGAUUCCACUGUGACGUCGCUGAUGACUAAAAAACAAAACUUGAGUAAAGCCAAAACCUGUCAAGUAAUCAGUUGGUUACUCGUGUUGGCCACUUUUAGGGCGCUGCAUUGUGGUCCACAGUGGUCUAAUUUCAAGAGUGAUACAGGAGCGAAACUAGAUCCAUUUGACCAGUGACAGUGUUUUGACAGAAGCAAUUGCUGGUUACCGUUUUAUCUUUUCGCCAUCAUUCUUACAGACUGAUGUCUUAUUUCUCUCGAUGAGUGACAUCGAAAUAUAAGUGUCAGGUUGAUGAUCUCCAAUCCGUUCGUUGUUAUUUUUUUUCUUUUUACAGGGGCCCGUGUCUGAAUGUUCGAGGAAGACCUAAAAGUGUAUAAACCAUGCACGGAUGUUAUUUUGCGUGUACGGUUAACGACAAAACAAAGAGAAUAAAAUGACUUUCAUCAACGGCGAUAACUACAUUU